AAUUAAUUAACCAAUUCAAAUUGAUUGAUUGACAGUUAUACAAUGAACAUCCGAUAAUGAUAAGGAUUGAAACAUUUUCCUGGAAACAACAAGUGUGUUCCAUUAAUUAAUAAUUUUUUUUUCUUUAUCCAAUUAAAAAAACUUCGAAGAACGAAAAAAAAAAAAAAUAAUAAUAAUGACAUCAACAAUAAGCCGACGUCAAAUAAUAUCUCGAUCUCGAGAUACUGGUCUCAAUCGACAACAGCAGCAACAAAAACAGCAACCAAUGAAUCGUUUUGCACCAUAUGAAGAUUAUGAAGAAAUGUGGUUCUCACAUGAACAUUUAUUCAAGGAUCACAUAGCCGAAGUAUUACGUAAAUGGGAACAAAUUGAUGAUGAAAUAUGGGCAAAAAUGAUUUUUAUGACUCGUAAUAGACGGAUAGCCAAAGCAUAUGUUCGUGUACCGGCCGUUAUAAUUGAUGGUACCGAUAAUGGAUUUGAUGGCUAUCGAGUUGGUUUAAAUGGUUUCGAAGAUCCAUUUAGAGAUCCAAUGACUGAUCAAUUAAUGAAUAAUAUUGAAAAGGGCUGUCGAAUCGGUAUCGAUGAUAAUGGAAAUAUAUUAAUAAAACGUUAUAGUAUGGCAAAUGUUUAUGUACGAUCAUAUCCAUUGGAUUAUAGCCAUUCAUGUGUUGAUAAUAACGUGAUACGAAUGAAUGGCUUGCUAGAACUGCAAAAAAGAUACAUAUUAUUCGAUAUGUGUAAAUUUGAAAUGGCAAUGAUGAAUGAAUUAAAAUCAGCAUAUCCUGAUCGUAGCCGUUUAGAACAACAAUGUAUCGUUAUUAUUGGUUUUGUUCGUGAUAAUCCAGAUUCAAUAUUGGAUAUGCCUUGUUAUGUAAUGCUUAUCAAUAUUGUUGCAUUGGAUAUGCUCAAAUCGAAAUUAAAUCCAGUCAUGUAUCGAAAUAUUGUCCCCCAUAAGAAACGUGUUCCGGAAUUUGUAUCAAUAUUUCAACAACAACAACAACAACAUGAUAAUGAUGGUGAUAAUCAUAGUGAUUGCUGUUCAGGUGAUGAUGAUGAUGAUGAUAAUCAUUAUCCAAUAUAUGGACAAAUAAUAGAAUCAUCAUCAUCAUAUGGUGAUAAUUAUUUAUGGAAAAAUAAAAAUAAUCAUCGAUAUAACGAAAGACGUGGAUUACUUUAUUCACACGAAAAUGGACCACAAUCAAUGCCAACAUUGGCAAAUAUUCAUCAUCCAUUACGUUAUUUACCUCGUCUGGAACAAGGACAAUCAGAAAUGUCAAUUCAUUCAAUGACGAUGAAUAAUAGACCACCUAAAUUACCGCCGCGUGAUAAGAAAAAACUUUCUCGUCAAAUUAAUACAAUAAAAUCGGCAAGAAAAAGUCAAAAAAAUCAUAAUAAUAACAAUUCUACUAUAAGACGAUCGGUAGAGAUUCCAUCACCGGAUUAUCAUCAUAAUGAAGAAAUAUCGACCAUUAAAUCUAGAUCAAAUCGAACAAAUACGAAAUGUAUGAAUGAAAAUAGUAAUAAUGGUGAAAAUAUUUAUGGAACAAUAAUGUUAACUAAAAAUAAUGGCUAUCAAACAUCAUCGACAAAACAACGUGAACUAAAUAGCCAUCAUAAUAAUAAAAAUUGGCCAACAACAACAACAAUCAAUGAUCGAUAUGAACGUUCGAUGACAAAAUCAAUGCCAACAUAUUGUAUACGUAAUAAUAACAAUGGUAGAACCGUGACUGGUCCAUCUUCAUUUCAUAAUCAUCAUCAUUCAAAUUCUACAUCUUUUAAUCGUACAUUUAUUGGUGAUGGCCCAAAUCUUAUAAUGAAUCAUCAUCCUCAUCAUCUUGAUGAAGAUCCAUAUUAUUCAGGUCUUGAAGCACGUGUGACAUCGAAUCGUUUGCAUAGAAAUCAUCAUAAUAAAAAUAAUGAAGAUGAAGAUGUCGUCCAAACCAAAAUGAAAGGUCUAAAUUGGAUGAUGCGUAAAGUUCUUUCAUCCAACUAUAUUAAUAUGCUUACAUCACGACGACAGAAAAAGCAAAAUAAUAAUAAUAAUAAUAAAAUACCAAAAUCAAAAUCCUCAACAAAUGAAUCAUCUACGGAUUCAGAUCCCUAUGUAUCCAUUAAUGAUGUUUAUGAACCUAUCUAUGGUUAUGGUAUCAACAACAACAACAAUAUGAAUUCUCGAAUGUCAAAUGGAUGGCCAACUAUUCAGGCUCGAAUCAAACAAUAGUGUUAUUCUUCAUUCUAACAGUUUGUUUCCAUUUUUCAUUUGCAUUUAUUUAUUUUCCAUAGUCAUCAACAUUCUCAUUUCAUCAACAUAUAUUGAUUGAUUGUUAGAGUUAUUACUCAUCGUUUAUUUCAAACAUUUAAAUAUCUUUGUCUUUUUUAAAUUGAAUAUUUUUUAAAAAAAAAAUUUCAAAUA